CUUUUCUUUUUUACUAAUAUUUUCUUUGUCAUUUCUCGGAAGUUUACUUGUUAAGAAUUUUCAACUGUUAUCGAGUCAUAUUAAAGCAUACUCUGUAUAUAUAAGAUAUUAAAGCAUACACUCUUGUCUAUAUAUAUAAUAUAUAUUUUUUUGUUGUUAAAUUUCUUGGGGAAACAUGGUCAUAGUUCAUAGCUAUCAAAAAAUAGCAAACUGAGCUAAAAAAUUGAUAGUUUCUCAUUCUGGGCAUUACUGGAUUUCGCUCUGUAAGGAUAUCAGAAAAACUAAGGGAAAAAGAGAGAGAAGAAAAGGGAGGAAGAACAAGAAGAAGAAAGAAGGAUAUCGAUGUGAAAACAAAACAAGGAAUACAAUAAGGAUCUUUAUUGAUUCCAAAGUUCGACACCAAUAUGUCUUCUUCAUCUUGGAUCACAUCAGUUUCUUGUUCAUCAUCUUCUGUGAUUCAAUCCUCAGAGGUCUCGACUGUAUUUCAAUGGCUUAGAUUCAUUUUCCUCUCUCCUUGUCCUCAGAGAGCUCUGUCAUCUUUGUUAAACCUCCUUUUCUUGCUUACCCUUUUGGUGUUUGCAAUCCAAAAGCUAUUCUCGAGGUUCAUUUCCAAUGACCAACGCAGUACGAGUCUCAACAAGCCUCUCAUAACAAGUAACCGAGCUCAUCUCAGAACCGGUCUUUGGUUCAAACUUUCAGUCUCUUUGACUGGUCUAUUAUCACUUUGUUACACUGUUUUAUGUAUCAUAACAUUCACUAAGAGUAGUCAAUCGCCAUGGAAGAUGUUAGAUGGUUUGUUCUGGCUAUUUCAGGCCAUAACUCAAGCAAUCAUAACAAUCUUAAUCCUCCAUGAGAAGAGGUUUCAAGCUGUUACACACCCUUUAUCGCUUAGAAUUUUUUGGGUGGCAAACUUCAUUGUCGUUUCGUUGUUUUCUGCUUCUGGGAUUAUUCGUUUAUCAUCUGUUCGAGAAACCCAGGUUUCAGAUUUGCUUUUGGACGAUAUACUUUCCAUAGUAUCUUUGCCUCUGUCGCUUGUUCUUCUCGUUGCCGCCAUUAAAGGGUCAACUGGGAUUUCAGUGAACAGUGAAACAGAGUCAGGAAUGGACGUAGAACCGGAAAUAUGCCAACCCCUUUUGAAUAAAACCAGCAACGUGAGUGGUUUCGCUUCAGCUUCCAUAGUUUCCAAGGCGUUUUGGAUAUGGAUGAAUCCCCUUCUUAGAAAAGGUUACAAAUUGCCUUUGAAACUUGACGAAGUCCCGACUCUUUCCCCAGAACACAGAGCCGAGAGAAUGUCAAAGCUCUUCGAAUCAAAGUGGCCUAAACCAGAAGAAAAGUCAAAUCACCCAGUUCGAACCACACUCCUCCGGUGCUUCCGGGGGGAGUUGGCGUUCACGGCUUCCCUCGCCGUAAUCCGUCUCUGUGUCAUGUUCGUGGGACCUGUUUUAAUACAAAGGUUUGUCGAUUUCACCUCAGGGAAGGGAAGCUCCAUAUAUGAAGGAUACUACUUAGUUUUGAUUCUUCUUCUUGCGAAAUUUGUUGAGGUUUUGACCACUCACCAAUUUAACUUCAACUCUCAGAAGCUUGGAAUGCUCAUUCGUUCUACUCUCAUUACUUCAUUGUACAAGAAAGGGCUUAGAUUGACCUGCUCGGCUCGGCAGGCUCAUGGAGUUGGACAGAUAGUGAAUUACAUGGCUGUUGAUGCUCAACAGCUCUCUGAUAUGAUGUUGCAGCUGCACUCAAUUUGGCUUACUCCUUUCCAGGUCCUUGUAGCCCUGGUUCUACUGUACAACUACCUUGGAGCUUCAGUAAUCACUGCCGUUGCAGGAAUUGCUGGUGUUUUGCUGUUUGUCAUAUUUGGCACCAGAAGAAACAACAGGUUUCAGUUCAGUUUGAUGAAAAACCGCGAUUCGAGAAUGAAGGCGACGAAUGAGAUGCUUAAUUACAUGAGGGUAAUCAAGUUCCAGGCGUGGGAGGAACACUUCAAUCAAAGGAUUCAGUCUUUUCGUGACUCGGAGUUUGGAUGGCUGUCCAAGUUUAUGUACUCAAUUUCUGGCAAUAUUAUAGUCAUGUGGAGCACUCCUUUGCUGAUAUCAACUCUCACAUUCGGUACUGCCAUUCUCCUUGGCAUCCCGCUUGAUGCAGGGACUGUGUUCACUACUACUACCAUCUUCAAGAUAUUGCAAGAGCCGAUCAGGACUUUCCCACAAUCAAUGAUUUCGCUUUCUCAGGCCAUGAUCUCGCUCGGGAGAUUGGAUCGCUUCAUGGUUAGCAAGGAACUGAUGGAAGAAUGUGUUGAGAGAGAGGAGGGAUGUGAUGGUAGAACUGCUGUGGAGAUUGAAGAUGGAGCGUUUAGCUGGGAUGAUGAGACUGGAGAAAGGGUUUUGAAGAAUAUAAACGUGACAGUCAAUAAAGGGCAGUUGACGGCUAUAGUUGGGACAGUGGGAUCCGGAAAGUCUUCUCUCCUGUCUUCAAUUCUUGGUGAAAUGCAUAGACUCUCAGGAAAGGUACGAGUUUGUGGGACAACUGCAUAUGUAGCUCAAACAUCAUGGAUUCAGAAUGGAACCAUUGAAGAAAACAUCCUAUUUGGUUUGCCAAUGGACAGAAGGAGAUAUAAUGAAGUGAUUAAGGUUUGUUGUUUGAAGAAAGACUUGGAAAUGAUGGAGUACGGAGAUCAAACCGAGAUAGGUGAGCGUGGGAUCAACCUUAGUGGUGGCCAAAAGCAGCGGAUACAGCUUGCCAGGGCUGUCUAUCAAGACUGUGAUAUCUAUCUUCUUGAUGAUGUCUUUAGUGCUGUUGAUGCUCAUACUGGUUCUGAUAUCUUCAAGGAAUGUGUAAGGGGAGCGCUCAAGCACAAGACUAUUAUACUUGUAACUCAUCAAGUGGACUUCUUGCAUAAUGUUGAUCUUAUCAUGGUUAUGAGAGAUGGCAUGAUAGUUCAAUCAGGAAGAUACAAUGAUCUGCAAGAAUCAGGCACAGAUUUUGGAGCACUUGUAGCAGCCCACGAAACCUCCAUGGAGCUUGUAGAUGUUGGCUCCACCUCGCACAGUGAAAAUUCCCCUAAACCAAAGAAGCCUCUUCUACCCUCUGCUAACCAUGGGGAGGCCAAUGGUGAAAACCACACUGCUGACCAACUGAAACCUGAUGAGGGAAGUUCCAAGCUCAUCAAAGACGAGGAGAGAGAGACUGGAAAAGUGGGCCUUCAUGUCUACAAAGUUUACUGCACUGAAGCUUAUGGAUGGUCGGGUGUAGCUGUGGUUGUUCUGCUCUCCCUUGCGUGGCAAGGAUCGAUGAUGGCUGCUGAUUACUGGCUGGCCUAUGAAACAUCAGAAGAGCGUGCCAUGUUGUUUAAUCCUUCCCUUUUUAUUUCCGUUUAUGGCAUUAUAGCUCUCAUUUCCAUAGUGCUGGUGACACUAAGAGCCUUCUCUUGCACCAUUUUGGGGCUUAAGACAGCUCAGAUUUUCUUUUCACAAAUUCUUCACAGCAUCUUACACGCCCCCAUGUCGUUUUUUGAUACUACACCUUCUGGAAGAAUUCUAAGUCGGGCUUCGACUGAUCAAACCAAUAUUGAUAUCUUCCUUCCCUUCAUUCUGGGAAUUGCCGUAUCUAUGUACGUUACACUUCUCAGCAUAUUCAUCAUCACAUGUCAAUAUGCCUGGCCAACAGUAUUCUUAAUCAUUCCCCUUAUAUUGCUGAAUAUAUGGUAUAGGGGUUAUUACCUCGCAUCAUCUCGUGAAUUGACUCGUCUAGAUUCAAUCACAAAAGCACCUGUAAUUCACCAUUUCUCAGAGAGCAUAUCCGGGGUCAUGACUAUUAGAGCUUUUCGAAAACAGGGGAGCUUCUCCAAUGAAAACCUCAGAAGGGUGAACGCCAAUCUGCGUAUGGAUUUCCACAACAACGGAUCAAAUGAGUGGUUGGGUUUCCGAUUAGAGCUACUAGGGAGCUUCAUCUUGUGUUUGUCUACUCUCUUCAUGGUCUUACUACCAAGCAGUGUUAUAAAACCAGAGAACGUUGGUCUAUCUCUUUCGUACGGGUUGUCCCUUAAUGGUGUCAUGUUCUGGGCCAUCUACAUGAGUUGCUUCGUGGAGAACAAAAUGGUCUCCGUUGAGAGAGUGAAACAGUUCACUAACAUUCCAUCCGAAGCAGAAUGGAGAAUCAAAGACCGUCUUCCUCCUCCAAAUUGGCCUGCACAUGGCAACGUUCACCUCAAAGACUUGCAGGUCCGGUAUCGACCGAACACGCCUUUGGUUCUUAAAGGGAUCACUCUAAGCAUCAAUGGCGGAGAGAAGGUGGGUGUGGUUGGACGAACAGGGAGCGGUAAAUCGACGUUGAUACAAGUGUUCUUCAGGCUGGUGGAGCCUACGGGAGGUAGAGUAAUCAUCGAUGACAUUGACAUUAGCGUUCUGGGACUUCAUGAUCUUAGGUCUCGAUUUGGGAUUAUACCUCAAGAACCAGUUCUCUUUGAGGGUACUGUCAGAACCAAUAUCGACCCUGUAGGAGAUUACUCUGAUGAAGAAAUAUGGAAGAGCCUAGAAAGAUGCCAACUCAAGGACGUGGUGGCUUCCAAACCAGAAAAACUAGAUUCUCCAGUGGUCGAUAAUGGAGAUAACUGGAGUGUGGGACAAAGACAGCUUCUCUGCCUGGGCCGGGUCAUGCUUAAGCGCAGCCGCUUAUUGUUCAUGGACGAGGCCACAGCCUCUGUCGAUUCCCAAACCGACGCCGUAAUUCAAAGAAUCAUCCGAGAGGAUUUCGCAACAUGUACCAUCAUCAGCAUUGCUCAUAGAAUCCCCACCGUCAUGGACUGUGAUAGAGUAUUGGUCGUUGAUGCAGGACUGGCGAAAGAAUUUGACAAACCGUCUCGGUUGAUUGAGAGGCCUUCGCUUUUCGGAGCGUUGGUUCAAGAAUAUGCCAAUCGCUCAUCGGGGCUGUGAUUAUGAAUUUAUGAUAACACUAAUUCUACCUUCCUCAGAUUGUCUAGUGACUGUUAUUUUUGCUUUCUCUUACAGAGGAAAAAGGCACCCCAUUAUCUCAAUUCGUAGACUUUGUAAUGUCCUACUUGGUAAUGCAAGUUAGCUGUUAGUGAAUUAUAUA